GCGCGGCCGCCGCCGCCGGAGGAGCCGCCCCCCGCGUCGGGGUCUGGCCGCUCGGGCCCGGGCUCGGCGCGGCCGGGGCGACGCCGUCGGGGCGGGCGGGCGGCAUGUGGCGGGGGCUGCCGGUGCUGGCCCUGGCCGGGCUGCUGGUGCUGGGGCGGGCGCCGGCGGGGCGGUCGGCGGCCUGCGAGCCGGUGCGCAUCCCGCUGUGCAAGCCGCUGCCCUGGAACAUGACCAAGAUGCCGAACCACCUGCACCACAGCACGCAGGCCAACGCCGUGCUGGCCAUGGAGCAGUUCGAGGGGCUGCUGGGCACCAACUGCAGCCCCGACCUCCUCUUCUUCCUCUGCGCCAUGUACGCGCCCAUCUGCACCAUCGACUUCCAGCAUGAGCCCAUCAAGCCCUGCAAGUCCGUGUGCGAGCGCGCCCGGGCCGGCUGCGAGCCCGUCCUCAUCCGGUACCGCCACGCCUGGCCCGAGAGCCUGGCCUGCGACGAGCUGCCGCUCUAUGACCGCGGCGUCUGCAUCUCCCCCGAGGCCAUCGUCACCGCCGAGGGCGCCGAUUUCCCUAUGGAUUCUAAUAAUGGCAACUGUAGAGGUGCCGGCAUCGAGCGCUGCAAAUGCAAGCCUAUAAAAGCCACCCAGAAGACCUAUCUACGCAACAAUUACAACUACGUCAUUCGGGCUAAAGUGAAGGAAGUGAAGACUAAAUGUCACGACGUCACUGUGGUAGUGGAAGUGAAGGAGAUCCUAAAAUCUUCCCUGGUGAACAUUCCAAAGGACACUGUAAACCUUCACACGAACUCUGGCUGCCUGUGCCCACCACUCAGCGCCAACGAAGAGUACAUCAUUAUGGGCUAUGAAGAUGAGGAGCGCUCCAGGUUACUCUUGGUGGAAGGCUCCAUAGCUGAGAAAUGGAAGGAUCGUCUUGGUAAAAAAGUAAAGCGCUGGGAUCAGAAGCUCCGCCACCUCGGGAAGGCGAAGGGAGAGCCUGGCCACGGUGACUCAGCUCCAAAGCCCGGCAAAGCCAGCAGCGCCCGGCAAGCGCGUAGUUAGGUGUGGGACGCCACGCGGUGACACGCAGGGGACUAUCCGCCAAGACUUCAUUGUUGGAGCUGCAAAGGAGAAAUUGCACUAUUGCACGUUAUAUUCUAUUGUUUACUGCAAAAUAAUGUUUUAGCUUAUAUUAGUUUUUAUUCUCCCUCUUGUUUUCUGCCUUUUUUUUGGAUGUGUGCAAGCUCUGGAAAUGGAAAUAUAUAUAUAUAUAUAUAUAUUAUUUUUCUGUUUCUAAGAACUGUAGAAAACUGCCCUUAUGAGAUGAGGAAAGAUAAGGACAUGCAGAAUUUACCAUUUUAUCUCCUGAAUCUUCCUAGGGAGAAAGUUCUGAUGCAGGCAGGAAUGAGAUCUGGCAAAGACCAUCGCUUGAAGGCCUGACUCACACUGGCUCCCCCCUUUCACUCUUUCUUGGUCUCUGUCUGCUGAAACUUGUGUCGGGGGGAGGUUGUUGAUCUGUUUCUAAGUGCUUAACUUUUUUUAUUCUGAAAUAUAAUUCCGCAAUACAUAAAGAAAUGAUGUUAAGAGAACUGUUUUAAUAAGUACACCUUUGUUUUCUGCCUCAUAAAUAAACCACUUGUGUAAGCCAAAGUCUAAUUUAAAGUAUUUCCCGUGACAAACACGGUGUGUUUGUACACAGGGGACCUGGGUUUUCCAGCACUCUAGACUUACAGGAAAGGUUGUAUAGUUCUGUUACUGCAGGAUAUAAUUUAUAAUACACUUCUCUUAUAAUGGCAGGAUUUUUUCCCUUUUCUUUUUUUUAUUUCUUUCUCUUAUUUCUUUUAUUUCUUUUCUUUCUUUUCUUUCUUUUCUUUCUUUUCUUUCUUUUCCUUUCUUUUCCUUUCUUUUCUUUCAUCUGCUGAGUUGUAGGAGUAGACUGACUUACCAGACCUGCUUCUCAGUACAGGUCUGCACUUUAUCCUUCUGAUUUUGUGGUGUUAUUCUUCAAUCUGUGCCUACAUAAACAAGUGUUCAAUGCUCAGUAAAAUAUGUCCAAUAAAAGAAUUGUAGUUGUCAA